AUUCGACAAUAGUAUCUUCUCUUCUCAUCCAAAACUGUAUUCAAAAACAUUUAAUUAAUUUGGCAUAAAAAUUUAUAAUGGAAUCGAUUCAAGUACAUUCUGUGGAUGGAAGAGAAAUAUCCGUUUCACGAUCGGUGUUUCGUAAAUACAGUCGAAAAAUAAAAUUCAUGUUGAAGCCAUAUUCGAACAACGUAUCUAUCCACUUUUACUUGCCUUAUGCAUUCGAAAAUAUUAAGACAAUCGAAGAAUUUAUGAAAAAACAAUUUCCAGAAUUUUACUCGUUGAAGCAUGCAAUGGACGUUUAUCGAAUUAGCAGUAAAUUAUGCAUGUUUCUAUUAAAUAAUUGCUGCCGAGCUCGAAUAGCUCAGCCUACUCAUAUACCACAUGUUUGUGAAAUUUAUGGAUUUGCUUGCGAAAUCCAUGACUAUAGAUUACAAUUUUACUGUUGGAUAAAAUUUAACGAUGAUUGGAACACAGUAUUUUAUCAAAAUGAAAACGCUUUGGACUGUGAUGAAAUUGUUAUACGUAGACUGCUUUCUCGUCCUAUAUAUCAAAAUUUGGACGAGAUGACUAUUUUUAAGAUUGUUUACGAAUGGGCAAGACGUAGAGUUAAUUCGAAAACAACUCUGCGAGAAGUCAUCGCUUUAUUCUUACUCAACAUCAGAUUUCUUUCAUUGGAUGAUGAAUUUUUAAAAAGCUAUGUAUAUCCGAAACCACUCUUAACAGAAGAAGAAGUAAAUGCCAUUCAACACUACAAAGUAACAUCUGACAAAUCAAUAAUUCCUGAUACCAUUUCUAGAAGUCAUCUUUCGAGAAACCAUGAGAAACAUAGCUUUUGGUUCAUAUAUUGCAAUCGAAGUUAUUUCAUUCACUAUCAAGAAAUGAAUAUGGAAAACAAGUUUCAGUUUAUUUCGGAGAUAUUUGUUCUAGAAGAUUGUUUCGUCACUGGAAUUGAACUCCCAAUUUCUCAUAACAGCGAAGAAAGUAUAAGAAUAAGAAUACAGGAGUUUAAUGACUAUGGCAGUUUUAAACACGUAAAACAAAAUAACGUAAUUUGUGAUCAGAACGGAAAGAUUAAAUUGAUAGGAGUCAUUUAUGUUCCGAAAUCUUCUACAUUUCGUGUGAUAGCUAAAAUUAAUGAAGAGGACAUUCUACGAAGUAACAUACGAAUUAGUAAUUCGGCAAGUCGUUACAGAAUAAAUGAAGGGAUGGCCAUAAGUUUUGAAAAAAGUGCUCUGUUGAGUACAGAUAUAGAAUAUAUAUAUUGUAAUGUAAAUCUUUAUUUUUGAAGAAGUUUAAAAGCGUCUCAUAGAAAAAUUUUUCAAAAUUUCUAUAAUUUCUUUUUUAACAUUUAUGAGCAAAAUUUGUAAAAUAUUAUGAUAAUAUACGGUACUUUAUAUAAGAAAUAAAAUCAUUUGAUGUAAACCAGUACAUUUUACCGCACUGUCGUAUAUAGUGUAAUGUUUUUUACGAUAUCACGCAAAAUUGAAGUUUUUUAUCAUUAACUCAUCCUGACGUUAACACACAAACAGAAAAGCACGCGCACACGCGCCCACAUAAAUCCACGAAUUUUUUACGUUCUUUUUCGGAUUUAGAAUGUCUCAUGUGAGUGAAGAUUUGCAAAAAUUUCUUUAAUCAACUUUGACGGCAGUCCAAUACUUUUCCGUGUUAUAUACAUGAUGAACCUAUGAAUGUUUAAUUUUAAAUUUAUGGUAGGUUUAUACUUAUGAGAAUGGAAAGUACAAAA